GACCAUUUCAAAGCGACCUUCUCGCAAACUCACAGGCAAUCUCUAUCUCCUGGAAGGAGAGAGAGCGAGGACGAUGGCGAUUCUAGAGAGCAUUGUCGGUGUUCUUCUCCUUAUGCUGCUUUUGAUCCUUAUCAUCGUCUUCCUCGCCUGUAAACCAUGGCGCUUCUUCUCCUGUUCUCGUUCUCGCACUAUCAAGGCUGGUGAACUUGACAGACCCCUUGUUUCGGAUGGUGCGGAUCUGGUCCGGAACCAAGGUAAUGAACUUCCAAGAGGUUACGAUCUAGAGGGAGCAUGUUUUCAAAAUGAAGGGCAUUUGCGCUCACAAGGACUUGUUUAUAAACAGAGGCUUCCAAACACAGCUCCCAAUUCAACUCAAAGUGAUAGCUUGGUCCUAGAUGUGAUCUCUGAUGCUUCGGAAGACAUUGUAGUUGGCCAGACACUCAAGCGUCCAUUGUUAGUCCAGCAGUUAGUGGAAGAUCAAAGGAGUAGUAGGCAGAAUUUAGAACAAGAUAGAUUGCAACAGUUUGUGCCCAAGGAUCCCUUAGAUCAAAGAACAUGCCUCAACCUGGAGGUCAUAGCUGGUCCUUCCCAUGGACAUCGGUGUUCUGUACUGUCAACAAACCCCUCUAGGCUUCCUCUGACUCUUGGAAGGGUUUCUCCAAGUGAUGUAUUAUUAAAGGAUUCAGAGGUCUCAGGAAGGCAUGCAUCGAUAAACUGGAAUUUAAAUAAAAUGAAAUGGGAGUUGGUGGACAUGGGUAGCCUUAAUGGAACACUUCUAAAUUCUCUGCCAAUUAAUAAUCCUGAUUCAGGAAGUAGACAGUGGGGUGACCCAAUGGAGCUUGCUAGUGGAGACGUGAUAACUCUUGGAACCACCUCAAAAGUAUUUGUUCAUAUUUCAUCUCAAACUGAGAGUCAGGUUCCCUUUGGAGUUGGUGUGGCUUCAGAUCCCAUGGCUCUGCGUCGUGGAGGAAAGAAGCUUCCUAUGGAAGAUGUGUGCUACUAUCAAUGGCCUCUUGAUGGGAUUGAUCAGUUUGGCAUAUUUGGUAUCUGUGACGGACAUGGCGGAGCAGAGGCUGCCAAAUCUGCUAGCAAGCUGCUGCCAGAGAUGGUUGCUAAUCUCUUAUCAGAUUCACUAAAAAGGGAGAGGGUUUUAUUGCAAUGUGAUGCUUCAGAUGUUCUGAGGGAUGCUUUUUAUCAGACAGAAACAAGCUUGAAUUACCAUUACGAGGGUUGUACUGCGACUGUGCUUCUUGUUUGGACUGAUAGUGAUGGCAAUUUCUUUGCACAGUGUGCAAAUCUUGGGGAUUCAGCUUGUGUUAUAAAUGUCAAUGGGAAACAAAUGAAGAUGACGGAGGACCAUAGAAUUAGUAGUUAUACUGAAAGACUCAGGAUCCAGCAAACUGGAGAGCCAUUGAAAGAGGGGGAAACACGUCUAUGUGGUUUGAAUCUUGCUCGAAUGCUUGGAGACAAGUUUCUUAAACAGCAGGAUUCCCGCUUUAGCUCAGAUCCUUAUAUCAGCCAAGUGGUACAUAUUGAUCAAGCGAGCAAAGCAUUUGCGAUUAUGGCCAGUGAUGGCUUUUGGGAUGUCAUUAGUGCAAAAAAGGCGGUUCAGCAAGUUCUGCAGAUGAGAGAGAAAUACUCAACGGCUGAGGAGAAUUUGGCAGAGAAGACUGCAAAUAUGUUAUUGAGUGAGGCUAGAACAGUGCGAACAAAGGAUAAUACCUCUAUUAUUUUCUUAGAUUUUGACAGUUCUAGAGUCUCUUGUAAAGGUGGAUCGUGAUAUGAAUCAAGAAGUUAUAGUUUUACAGUAAUAAUUCUCCCUUUUUUCUUUCUUCAA